CCACUACCCGUACUCUAGUACACCAUACUUUGUUUACUCUAUAUGAGUGAGUGUUCUGUGCACGAGUUCACGUGGUUAUGUGUGUGGUGGAGUUGUGGUGGCUGUGUUACGGCACGUGGUGAGCGAGCAGGUAUACAAACUCACUUCCCUGCCGCUGUCGCUUACGAGCACCUUCAAAGCUUCUGCUGAUCUUAGUUGUGCCCGUCAAGAUAUAGGCCAUCUCUGCACCGUUGACAACAAUUAGCCGCAACUGCUGAUUGCUGCUGGUUGGCUCAGUCCAGAAACAGGCCUCACAAAUGCGAUGAGCCUAGCUGAAAUCGUCACUGCCAAAAGGGUACGCUAUGCCACUUCAAAAGUCGUUGGUCAGGUCGAGGUUGGCGUGCAGCACAGCUUGCCUCUGGCUGACAAAUCUGUCGGCUGCUCGUUGCAACCAGGAAGCGAGUCUAGGAGCAUGCAGACUAUGGAGGCUGUGGAACAGUUAAGCUCCACCUCAGCAUCAAGGCCUUUAACUUCUGCAUCAACUGUGAAAUGUGACAACUCAGAGCAAGGACGCCUCCACCGAUGUCAGCUAUGUGACUAUGAGACUGAUGAACUAUUUCUUCUGGAAGAACAUGCCAGCGUCCAUACUGGCGAGAAACUGUUUCAUUGCCCUUUAUGCCCUCAGAGCUUUCCACAGAAGCAGAGACUGAAAACCCACCUGCUCACCCACACAAUCAAGACGCCAUUUCAGUGCACUUCAUGCUUUCGGAGCUUCUCGGAUAAGGCUCACCUGAAAAAGCACCUGCGCAUCCAUACGGGCGAGAAACCAUUUCAUUGCAUUUUAUGCCCUCAGAGCUUUUCUCAAAAGUCCAACCUGAAAACCCACCUGCUCACCCACACAGGCGAGAAGCCAUAUGAAUGCCCUUCAUGCUCUCAACGCUUCUCGCGCAAGUCCUGCAUGAAAGCUCAUCUGCGCACCCACACAGGUGAGAAGCCAUAUCAGUGCCCUUCAUGCUCUCAGAGCUUCUCGCGAAAGACCUCCCUGCAACAGCACCUGUACAGCCACACAGGCGAGAAGCCAUAUCAGUGCCCUUCAUGCUCUCGGGGCUUCUCACAAAAGCAUCACCUGAAAGCGCACCUGGUGACUCACACAAGCGAGAAGCCAUUUGACUGCCCUUCAUGCCGUCAGAGCUUCUCACGAAAGAGCAACCUGAAAGUCCACCUGCGCAUCCACACAGGCGAGAAGCCAUAUCAGUGCCCUUCAUGCUCUCAGAGCUUCUCAUACUUGAGCACCUUCAGGAAACACAUGAGGCGAGAAGCCAUUUCAGUUCCCACUCUGCCUUCAGAGAUUCUCGUUCAGAAAUGCUCUGAAGAUACACAAGUGCAUUCAUACAGGUGACCGGCCAUAAAGUUGCACCGUCUGCUCCAGGUCCUCAUCACUUGAACAGACUUCAGAGAGCACAGCACCAUGGUGCUGUUAUGUAGGUCAACAAUCUCGUUCAACUAGAGUCUGAAUUACAAAAUAUACAUAUGUGUAGUAUGUUACGUAGUGUUCUACUGCAUCAGGUAGCACAAGUGUCUCUACAUACUCCUGAGAGCAAGCUUUGACUUGAGCCAAACUCCGAUGCUGCCUAUUCAAAGACAUGUAAAACGCAGAAACAUUCUGAAUAACCAGUGGGUCGAUUAUAACGAAAUUUGUUACAAUUGGAGAGAAAAAGCUAAAUGCUGGUGAUUGCUGGAAGCAUAGUUUUGGUUGAAAACCUGAAUGUUAUAACAGGAAUUUACAAAGAUGGUCCAGCAUGAAAAAAAUUGGAGCUAGAACUUCAUACAUUUUUAGCUCUGUACCUGGAAUAGAUAUCAUAGCUCGGUAAGCUGCAUAAGCUAGAUCUUUCAAAGCGGACAAAUUUGACGUAUGAAUUUAUUUCUUUUGUUAAUUUCUUACACUAUUUACGGGGACCUUUCAAAUGUCCUACUCACUUAUUAUUUAUUUAUUUAUUUACAAACGCUGCUAUCUCAUUUAGA